GAUGCAACGGAUCAUAAAAAUAUAAGGUGCCCGACGUCAGUAGCAAUCAGUUGACAAGCUCCUUCCGAGUAGGCCAGUCCAGUCGUUCCUAUCGCCCACCCAAUUGCCAAUCAUCGUCUGUGUGUGUGUGAGUGUGUGUGUGUGUCACCGCCACGUUGUUUUUUUCCCCAUCGUUCAAUUUUUAUCCCUCAGUUUCCAUUUCUCCGUUGAACGGUGAACACAUUAGAGAACGUCAGUGCCGGGAUCGAUUAUUCAUUUAAUCUAAUCUUGUUGUUGGCGAGUGUGUGUUGUGUACAUGAUUGUGUUGCAUGUGUGUGCGGGAUUGUUUUACGGGUAUUUUUUUUCACGACUUUUGACUUUCCCCAAAAUGAAUUCAUCGAGUGAAUUUGUGAUUGUCGCCCAACCGAUUACCGUCAGACGGAUCGUCGUCUCCAAAAAGCGACACUCGUCUUUACUCAAUUUCAGACACAUUGGCCAGCAAGCCCGAACGGUCAGCUGGAUCGUGUUCAUCAUCUGCUGCGCUACCAGAAACGUCAUGGCCGCUCCGGUUCAACGUCACAAGAACAGCCCAACACCUUCGACUAUGGACGAUGAAACGGCCACCGAUUUGGACGUUGAAAGUGACGAUGUCGUUCCCGUUCCUCUCGAAGGUGGUGGUCGAGGAGGAAUGGGCGACCGAUUCCGCGACGUCCGGCCCAAGUGGGUCAACCCGUGCGGUGGCAUCCUGGACGAUUCCGGCGUCGACCCGGAUGCUCCGCCGCUGGAAGAUUCCGAAAUUGCCGCCAAUGCCGUCCUCGACGUUGACAUUGCUCUCAGCCAGAUUGAAUCCUUCAAAGAUGAAUUUGUGCGAUCGCUGUUCCGGAUGGACUUUGACGAGAUGGUCCGAACGUGGGCGCAUUUCCACUACGAUUGGCUGCCGGCCUAUGAAGCCGUGCCAAAGGUCAUCGGGGCCCAGCUCGUCCCUCGUCAACUCGAUUCCCUCGAGUUGGGGGCAACGCUGAAAAAGUUGUACCUGGCCUCACAGACGAUAGCCGUAGGUCUGGAACAGGUUAUCCUUGACAGGGCCGUCUACGGCGGGGAUUUUCUGGAACAAUUUGCCACAACCGAGAACAAACUCGCCAUGGUCUUGUGCUCGUUGCAGAUGGCCAUGAUCGAAAAACACGUCGAGCCCGAUGCCGACGCUGCCCGUCAGUUGAUGGACAACAAAUACCGCGACAUGCGGAGUGCUUCUGGCCGCAAUCUCCGCGAUUUCAUCAUCGUCAGGGAUUACAUCAACUUACUAGAGUACACGAAACAAGUUCUGCAUCACUUUCAACACGGAGGGUCGAGUAGUUGAACAACAACCGGGCUAUAUAAAGAUUCGGAUGGUCGAAAAGGACUUGUUUUUUGGAAUGGAAUUCAAAUUCAUCCAUUAUUAUCUCAAAAACUGUUAUAGUACUAUAUUACUACUACUUAAUUAAGUGUGUCCCCACUCCCUACCACUAUUUAUUGACAUAGGAAUGAACUAUCUGAAGUCUACAUAUUCACACGAUUAACUAUAUCAAAUGCUGUCGGUGUUCAAACAAACUCUGUGUGUGUGUGUGUGUCUUUAAUCCAUGGGGAUUGAAUGCUGGCACUCUUUUAUUUGUGGUUGAUUGAUUUCACCACGUACAAAUUCAGUUCACUUCAAUCCCCCCUCAUUUUUCUUUCGUUAACUCUAUCUGUGUGUGUUGUAGUUAAUGUGUUGGUGAAACUCUGACUGUGAUAUUAUUCAAAUCUGACUUUGUGUUUUGUGUGUGUGUAACAAGUUUUCCACAAAGUUUCACUCAUCCCGCCCUCCUUUGAUUUCAACCUGAUGUUUACUUUCCCCUGAGAUGUACAUUUUUUCGUUAACUAAACUCCAUUCACACACACACAGACACACACACGACAAAAUGGUAUAUGAUACUUUGUGUUUUGGCAGCUAAUGUAAACAAUUGUAGUAGCUAUAGAAGUAUUCAGUUUAGUUUUCUUGUGUGGGCAGCAACUGCCGGGCUGCCCAUUUUUGAAUGACCAUCUCCUCUCGUAUCCAUCCCAUCAAGAAAGACCAAACAUUUUUUGAUGACCAAUAGUUAUUAUUUACUCAAUUCUAUUUAUUCACACACACACACAUAUACAGAAAAUGCACACAAUAGUCUUUGUCGUCUUUGGCCAUCAAAUAAAUGCUGACCUGAUCCUGAUUAAAUAUCUUUAUAUGUCUGAGACACAAAUCCCAGCAUCAUCAACUAUUUGAAAAAUGAAAAACUGUUUGAAUUGUUAUUUAGGCAUUUAAAAAAAAAAAAAAGCCUAGCAGACGAAAAAUGUCCCGAAUAUUUAUUUGUUACGUGUGCCCGCGUCAAAUUGAAUUUGCCACACUUGGAUUAAUUGAAUUAUUUCAGUAGCAGGCAUUGUCAAAAAAUUGUUGUAAGUGAUGGAGUGCGUGUAGUUCGUGUAUUAUCGAAAUGAACCGUGAAAGCAUA